ACUCCUCUUAUUGUUCAUUGAAAGAGUUUGGCGGAACAAAACAGUGACAGUAAACAAGAUACGCCUUUGCAUUCAAGCUUUGAAUGUAAAAAGGGACCAGGAGGAACAAAAAGGAAGUGUCACUUUAAAUGAAAUGCAUUAGUUGGAUGAAAGCAGCCAGACAGAGUCUGCUUACACUUAUAAUGUAGUCCGAGGCUGCUCAGGUCAAAUUUGGUUUCAAUCGGUGAGAUCAAAGAACUCCAGCUGAGCUUUGCUGAAAAGGAAGCAGUUUUUUUUAAUGAUAUAUAUGAUAGGACAGUUGUAAAUGGAAAAAAAAAGUCAAAACAAUUUUUGGAUUUAAAUUAUCAGAAUCUAUGCUAAAUGAAUUUACAAAAUUGAAAGUAGUUAUACAGAUUUGGCCUCAAUCAAAGAGAGCUCCAAAUCCCAUCAAUCAGGACAUCUAAGGAAAAGAUGCAUUCAGGGACAAUCAUGGAGGAGCUUUGAGGCCAGGCUUGUUGAAAUCAAAGGCCUGAGAGCUUAAAUAAUUUUUUGCGGGCUAUCUGUAUCAUUCUGAGAAAAAUAAAUGUGGUCAGUUAAUCUGCGGCUUGGAAAAGGACAACAGCCAAUGCAGCAUGUUCAAGCUGCCCCCCUACUGGGCGGCCCACAAGCCUGUCGAUAUGGUGGUUUGAUGUUGGAUGGAAAAUAAGAACCCCCCACAACAAACACAGAGAGGGCUGGAACAGAGAGACUGGAACAGAGGAAGAGAGGGUAGAAAGGGAAGAACCAUCGACAGAUGGACUCUGUUGUGAUUAAAGAUGGCGGCAGUCUUUACUGCAGACUACGAAGGACUAUACUCGAUCCAUAGAAAAGCGGAGGGAGUAGUCUGCGAUUCAGCACAACAAAACCAAGAAGCACACAGUAAGGUAAAUCAGCAGGAACAAAUGGAUGGCAAAGACAAACUAUUAUGGCGACAUUCUGCUUUGGCCAGGGAUUUCCACUUGAUGGAGACAGGGAUGUUAAGAUUACUACAGACCCAUGUGUUUAAUAACAGCACCAUGGAAUCCUCAAUGAAUGGACGUACUGCUGUAGGACAAGUGAGGAAGACAAUCAGACCCAAGGAGUUUUUUUGCAGUGGCAUAAGUAGAGAUCUGGAUCUGAUAGUUGUGCAGUGUGGGCUCUACGGGGACGUGGUUUAUGGAUGCUGGGACUAUGAGCAUAAGCGACAAAAGGGGCUACAUAGCAGACCUGGGAGGCAGCUUCACUGAGGAUGCUCCCAGACCUCCAGUCCCAGGGGAAGAAGGUGAGCUGGUGUGCAGUGAUGGACGCCAAUGCAGCAACCUUGGCUUCUCCUCAAAGAAUGAGAGCCUCAAAUGCGAGGCGUCCGUGGCUACACCCAGGCGACCCGACUUGGACCUGGGUUACGAGCCGGAGGGCAGUGCCUCUCCGACGCCACCCUACCUAAAGUGGGCAGAAUCUCUUCAUUCCCUCCUGGAUGACCAGGAUGGCAUCCAACUGUUUAGGACGUUCCUCAAGCAGGAGGAGUGCGCAGAUAUGUUGGACUUCUGGUUUGCAUGCAGCGGCUUCCGCAAACUUGAAGCUAACGAGGGUAAUGAGGAGAAGAAGGUUAAGCUGGCAAAAGCUAUCUAUAAGAAAUACAUCUUGGACAACAAUGGAAUUGUUUCCAGGCAGAUCAAACCAGCCACCAAGUCCUUCAUCAAAGACUGUGUGAUGAAACUUCACAUUGAUCCUGCAAUGUUUGACCAGGCUCAGACUGAGAUACAGACUAUGAUGGAGGAAAACACCUACCCUUUAUUCCUUAAGUCUGACAUUUAUUUGGAAUAUACGCGGACAGGAGGAGAAAGCCCCAAGCUGUACAGUGAUCAGAGCUCUGUUUCUGGGAAUGGAAAGGGACUGUCGGGCUAUUUACCGACUCUAAAUGAAGACGAGGAGUGGAGAUGCGACCACGAGUCAGAGGAGCAGCCGGAGUGUGACCCCACGCCGAGCAACCGGCUUACUCAGAAGCUGCUAAUGGAGACGGCACCGCAGCGAGUUGCCAACAGCGCCAGAUUCCAAGACAGUCACGAGUACAGGCACGCUCCAUGUCGGGAGCCCAUCAACCCAUACUAUGUCAACACUGGCUACGCUAUGGCUCCUGCCACCAGCGCCAACGAUAGUGAGCAGCAGAGUAUGUCCAGCGACGCAGACACAAUUUCUCUUACAGACAGUAGUGUAGAUGGGGUGCCACCCUACAGAUACCGCAAACAGCAUCGCCGGGAGAUGCACGAAAGUGCCAAAGCAAAUGGGCGAGUGCCACUACCUCAUAUUCCACGCACAAACCGGAUUCCAAAGGACAUUCAUGUGGAGCCAGAAAGGUUUGCUGCAGAGCUGAUCAGCAGACUGGAGGGCGUACUGAGGGAGAGAGAGGCUCAGGAGAAACUAGAGGAGCGACUGAAGAGGGUUCGAUUGGAAGAGGAUGGUGAUGAAGUCAUCAUGUCUCCAGCCACAUCAUUAGCCAAUCACAGGUUCCCCCCUGGUGCCUAUCCGCAGAACUACAACUCCCGCUAUGCCGACAUUACCUACAGCGGUCCUCUCCUGAGAGACGCUCACGAGGAGAACCCCGAGAGCAUCCUGGAUGACCACGUCCAGCGAGUCAUGAAGACUCCCGGCUGCCAGUCGCCAGGGACGGGCCGCCAUUCCCCCAAGUCGCGCUCGCCAGACAGCUUCCCAGGGGGCAAAGGGAUGGGACUCGGAAUGCCGCUGUCGUCGGGCCAGGGUAAACACCCAUCCCGGCACGGUCUCAAGGGAGAGACCAGCCACCUGUACCACCACAAGCAUGUGCAUCACAUCCACCACGCAGGUAUGGGGAAGUCAAAAGAGCAGAUGGAGGCUGAGGCAGCCAUGCGCGUGCACAGCAGCUUUCCCUGGGGCAUGGAGGCGAGUCAUUACGGAUCAAAGUCUCGCAGUUAUGCAGAUGGCAUGGGAUCCAACCCCAUGGAGCACACAGGGUACAACAGCAAAGGUGGCACACAGUGUAAAAGAGUGCACAAGAAAGGUGAGGACGUGCGGCCUUAUGACAUGCUGGGGCCUGGAGAAGAGAUGGAGAAAAACCAGAAGAUCCUUUUGUGGUUGAUGGAAGGACAGAAAGAAAUGGUUCAACAUAAGAGAAGCCCAUAUGGGAGUACCACUGGAUCCAAGAGAACCACGGGCCAUGAGGGAUCCCGUGUCUGCUCGGUGGAGAGAUCUGGUUCGGUGUACCCGUGCGUCAGCGGCCAACCACGGAACAACGUGCAGCCGUCUCACCCUUUCAUCCAGGACCCCACCAUGCCACCCAACCCAGCCCCCAGCCCCCUUAUCCAGCUGGAGGAGGUUUGCCGGCGGCUUGAAGAGGAGAAGAUUAAGUCUGGAAUUCUACAGCCCAAGCAAAGGUAUGUGAUGGAGGUGAUCCAGAGGGGUCGCACCGCAGUCAGGCCUGCACUGUUCCCUCCACUCAGCGUGGUGCCCGCCGUUUCUGACAGCGAGCUCUCCGAGCCCGAACAUAAAGCCACUAAAAAGCAGCCGUGUGAAAACACUGUUGUGGCGUAUUACUUCUGUGAGGAGCAGAUACCGUACAGGACGUCUGUUAAAGGGAGGGUCGUCACUUUGGGCCAGUUCAAAGAACUGCUAACAAAGAAAGGAAAUUACAGAUAUUACUUCAAGAAGGUUAGCGACGAGUUUGACUGCGGGGUGGUGUUCGAAGAGGUGCGUGAAGAUGAUGCUAUCUUGCCCAUCUUUGAGGAGAAGAUUAUCGGGAAAGUCGAAAAAAUUGACUGAAGUGCACGUUGAAGAGGAAGAAAGCCGAGGAGCCAGCAUGUGGCAGGCAGAGGAGCGAUUGGAUGGUGAAGAGGAAGUGUUUUAGGAUGAAGAACGGAGGAGCAGAGAAGAAAGUGAUACCGUAGAAGAGAAGAAGAGCAAAGCAGUGGUUGUGACUAAUGAGGCUCAGUAGUCACGCCACUGCAGUGACGUUGAACUAGAAGAAAAAAAAAAACCUCGUUCACUUGGAGUGUAAUGUAGAACUGUAAAGUUUACUAGAUAAAUGAAGAACAAAAGUGCUACUAAAGCUACAUAUUUUUGAUAUGAUGUAUCAGAGGGUGUCCUUUCUAAAGUAAUCACACUUGUCAUUUUUAUAUGUAUUGGUACGAAAUGUGUACAGUUUGUGUUAAAAGAUAACAAAAUUUUAUAUCUAUUUAAGUAUUUAAAAUGCUCAUUUUCAAUCCUAUUGAAGCAGGAGUGUCGCCCCUGUUGAAGACGAUCAAAAUCCUUUAUAGGGCUGAUUUAUUUGUUUGUUUGUUUUCUCAUUAAUUGUAAGAGCCCUCUGGACUCUAUAUGUUUAUGCUCUUCUAAGUGCUUUUAAUACUUCACUUACCAGUACUAUUUUGGGGCAUUCAGUCAUUGUAUUAUAUACCACUGACUAUGUCUCGGUGUAGGCUGCAGUAUGGUUUUCUAAAGCGCCAAACACAGAGUGACCAGAAAAAUAGACACCCCACUGCAGACUAAUGUAAUUCAGUAUAAUAGCAAAGUGUAACUUUGUGUUGCUGUUGUAAUGGAUUCGACAUAUAAGUAACACAUUAUAGCCUAAUCUAACACAUCACCAGAAACUCAGCUUUAACAAAUUAGCAUCAGUUCCUCUGUGAUACAGUUUCACAAAGUUAUUAUUUAUUGCAAUGCUGUUUUAUUGGGUUGCAUUACUGCAGAUUGCACAGGUUAUUUUAUUUUUCUGGUGAUUUGGUAUGUACUGCAUGUAGAUGUGGCUGAUGGCUGUGUUUAUGUACAGUCAUUCACUGCAUUGUUUUUACCCAACCCAGCUAAAGUAUACAGAAAAUUGCCUUGGAAUAACAACAGUAGAUGCAAUUGUACUAUAAAGAAAGAUAUGAUUGGAAAUCACAAGGUGAAUCUAUGCAAGUUGGUUUAUAAUUACGUUGCCCUCAUCUAAAAUCUACAUUGGAUUAUUUAAUAAGUAACAUUAGAAAAAUGUUCAGAAUAAUUUGAGGCCACACAUACAGUUGUAUGCACAUGUUUGGGCAAAUCGCAUAUUAUGUUGGUUUUUAACAAACAUUAAUGCACUUACUUUUUGUUCAUGUACUUCAAAAAUAGACAAAAAAUGAAACAGUAAAUAGUCAGACUUUCAUUAACUCAGCAGGACUUGUAAGACAGGCCAGCUGAUGACAUUUCCCAAGCUUUUAGAUUCUCUGACUCUCCAAACCUUUUGGAAACACUCAACAACAAUGGGCUCCUGACAACCAAGAUAUCUGAAUGACGAUUGAAUUGAUGCUAACAAAGCAGUGGAGGCUAUAAAAAGAUAUCAGUGCACUUCCAGCUUGAAAUUUCCACUGUCUGAAAUGUCACUAUGAACUGACAAGUCAAGACAAGAUCUGGAAAACCAAGACAGCUUAAAAAUAUCUAUGAAGUUCAAGUGAUCUGCAGGAGGAGAGGGUGAAUUCGCUCCUAAAUCAAGAAUAGAGAGACUUUGGAAAAUAAUAAUUCUACUUGUUAUUAAAUUUUAUUUUAAUUAUUUCCAGUUUAACACUAAAUGACUUAAAAGUAAAUUUGACAUUAUCCAACAUUAGAGGUUCGUGUUAGACCUGCUCACUGAAGGUUAUGCCUGUCAGCGAGGUACUUGGACUCGUUCGUCCGAGGCCACAUCACAGCAUUUGAAUGAGAAGGCCAGUGAAUGUCACCAGAAUAACUAUCAAAUGUUGAUAUGUUUGUGCUUUUAAGAUCAUACAAAGCCAUAUUUAAACACACUGUAAGUGCUCUCCCAUUGUACAGCCUGUAUAGAAGAGAGUUCGACCUAUUUACGUUUCUCUGAAGUUCUGCAAUCACAGAUUUAAAUCCACAGGAGCUGAUGAGAACCAACAGACACUGACAUGUUUGCAGUUAUGUUUCCAUCAAAUGUUUUUUUUUUCCCAGCUUCAAGGUCUGUACAUUAAUUUCCGCUAUCCCCAAGACUUACCAUCCUAAACUUUUAAUCACUGCUUAGUUGAUGGAUCAGUUAAGAAAGGGCUGCUUUAAGAACUGAUUUCUAAUCUGUAGCCUUCUCUAGCUUAUCACAGCUACAUCUUGUGCCUGGCAGGAAUGAAUUGUUUAGUGCAAAUGAUCUACUUUUGAUAGAUCACGUUACACCAAAGAGAACAAAAGUAGAUGGUAGGUACAGUUUUGAAUUAUCCUUUCACACUUAUAUUCCCCUUCAUUUUGUGGCAGUACUUAUUACACAGCAUCCUUGUUAGGAUUUUUUAUGGGCUGUUUUAUGUUUGUUUUUUUGCAGUGGAUAAAGUGCAGUUUUCCGAUGCAUCUCGAUAUAAACAUUCAGAUGAAACACUUCAUGAAGCUUGCAGCACUUUUAGAUUUUGUUGUUAUUGCAAUACUGAAAAAAAUGUCACAGCCAAUUUAAAUUCGCUGUCUCCUCUAUUUGGCAAUGUAAAUGAGGCUUUUGCACUUGAAUAGCACACUAAAUGAAACUGAAAGCAAUGACUCAGAGUCGCUGGGGAAGCUACAUGACAUUUAGAUUCAAGGCUACUAUUUUUUUUUUUUUCCUUCUCUGUACCUCAUCAUUGUGCCGGCAGGCAGAAAGAUGAGUGGACCUUCAAUCCAGAGUGCUGUAUCGUAUGUGUUGCAUAGAAACCCAGCAGAGGGCAUAUCUUUUUUUGUUUAUCUGUUUGUUUGUUUUUAGAUGUGUUUUUCAAUGCUGCCUUUUUUUAGACUCCUAAUUUAAAUCAGUUUAAUAUAUUUAGUACAUUUGUCUCCAGUGGUCGUUUGUUUGCUGAAUUACACAUGAUCAAGUUAAAUACUUUGUGUUAUCUUGAUUUUCAUUGUUUAUUUCUUUUGAAAUAUAGAGUGUCAAAUCUGUUAUGAUUCUUACUGUGAAAGCCCCAAAAGCGAACUUCCCUUAUUUAAGAUCAAUGAAAUGUAUAUAAACAUCAGAGUGCCUUUAUUACUAUGCUAAUGAUGUCUGCAGUUUGACUUUCAGACAGAUGUGAGGGCGUAAAUGCCAGGGACUAGCUUUAUAUUUUUUUUGUUUAGAUGUUAUUGUUUUUUUAUUAUUAUUUUGCAAAGUUGUUCCUGUUCAAUGAUUGUCAUUAUUCCACCUUUUCUAUGUAAAUAUGUACAACUUCAAUUGUCAUCAACCAGCAGCCCAGUAAGCACGGUCAGUACCCUAGACCUGUUUCUGUUCACUAACUAGCAUGGUUACCGUUUAAAGGUACCUGGACAAUAAAUACAUGCAAUAAACCA